AUGAUUGAAUUCAAUAACGAAGAAUUAAAUUGUAAGCAAGAAAAUCUUCAUAAAUCAUCAGAUGGUUUUAUUGAAGAUCAACUUGAUGCAUAUUUUAUUACACUUCAGGUUAUGAUUGAAGAAAUAGGACAAAAAGAAGUAUUAGAAAUAUAG